AUGGACAGACCUCCUGCUGCCCCCGAGCAGAGUCAAGGUCACUCGCGAACGCCUCGCAAUCCAAAUGACCUAAAGUAUGUCGAGUCUUCGGAUACACAGUCCGCACGCCCUCCAGUCUUUAAGGGUCAAAAGCGCAAGCGCCUUGCUUGCGACCCUUGUCAUAAAAGCAAGCGGCGCUGUGAUGGGACUGCACCUUGUAGUAACUGCUAUUAUGCAUCCAAGGACUGCACCUAUACCGACUCUACCGGGAGAGCUGUACCUGCGCCUAAUGCGUUGCGACCGGACAUCAUUCUCGGCCAGACCAGCGCAAUAGCUCACAGCCCCACGAGCAUUAAUAUAUCAGCGCUGGAAACGCCCUCGGGCUCAUACCCAAACCCCAAAUCUCUCCAUUCUCGGCCGGAGAUUCAGCAGCCCGAACCGCCACUGACAGUCGGUGUUAAUGUACAAGGACCAUCGAUUCUCACUGCAGGAGGCUCCUUCGAGAGUACAGUCCAUCAUUUGCAUGGCAGCGCUUCUCGGCCUCGAAGUGAUCUUCGCCUUGACCUGCCGCACAGUCAUCAUCUACCACGCAAGCGCCUAAAAAAUGGUGCGGAAAGCCCAGCUGGACGGGCCACAUUCAGCUCACAACUUCUGGUCCCGCCCAGAGCUACUGGUCCUGACGACCUGUGCUUGAUUAAUGCAGAGAGCUCUGUAUACAGACACGCAAACGGGACGCUUCUACAUACCAGCUUGCAUAAACAUAUCACUCAUGAGCUCGUUAGUCUCUUUUUCGCCCAUUGCCACCCACACCGCCUAAUCAUUCAUUCCACCUCCUUCCACACGGAUCUGUGUCAUGGUCGUGUCCCUCCUUAUCUACUACAUGCCAUAUGUGCAGUUGCAGCACCACUAUCCCGGAAGCCCCUCGUGCGAACGACACCUGUCCGAGAAUCUGGACAGAAGUUUGCAGACGCUGCUCUUGCAGCACUAUUUGACGCAGAGGGACAGUUAGUGGAGACAUCGUUGGAAGCUGCUCAGGCGCUUGUUUUGAUACAAACCUAUAUUUGCUACAAGGAAAAUAACUUGCAGCGUGACUUACGGCUAUAUGAAAUAGCACUUCGCGUACUCCAUUCCUUGCAUACGGUUGACACGAGUCAUCCCUCUGUCGAAUCUACGACAGUCUCUCUGAAUGAGCAGUUUGCGCGCAACGUCCAGCGAGAGUGUUCGCAACGCACAUUUUGGCUGGUACAUUUGGUUGAACUCCUGGGAGCAGUGUUUACUCGGCGCCCAACAAUGUAUAAUGAAGAUGAUCUAGCAGGAGUCCGCCUACCUUGUGAUGAAGCGAGCUUCGAGUUAGCACUCCAAGUUCCAUCUGAUCAAGCAGAAUAUCUGGACUCCCCGGCUUUGAAAACGGAGAAUACAUCAGAAUUUGGACAUAUACUCCGUAUUGCCACUAUUCUUCAUGACAUCGAACGUAAUAACACAAGAUCCCCAGACCCGCAGACAGUAUUGAGCUGCGAGCAGCGGCUUGAGCAAUGGGUUACCAGUCUUGCGGACCACCUGAAGUACAGUUCCGAUAACCUUCAAGCACAGCUUUCGCUUUGGGAAACGGGUUCCAACGCCGGCACAUGGUGCUAUUGCUUCAUGCACAUUCUGCAUGCGUGUGCCGUCUUGGCUCUCAGCAGCGUCCGAGGACGCCUUGGUCAACCCCGUUGCCGCGAUCAUGAAAGUGCAGUUGCGGCGUUUCCCACUAUAAUUGAGGCUCUGGGACCUCGGGCACGAAACAGCAUUUUGAUGGGGAGCGUGCUUUGGGUGCAAUACUGCGGCCCGCACGCAGCCACUUUCAACAACUCGGGCGCCGAUCCUAUGGAUAGCUCAGUCAAUAUAGGUCCACAGGCCCGUGAGGACCGUGCAGCUGCGGGUGCAUCUGUGUCGGACUUGCUUCCGAAGUUGGACCUGUGGGUGAAAGAGUGGGAAGAAUUCUGGGGCCCAGCGUCUAAGCACGGGAACGGUGACGCUCAUGAAGCAGGUUUCGGGGAACGACGUCCGGUAUUCCAACACAGCCAUCCUACAACCGCGUCCGACUCUGGCUCGAACAUCUCUGCUGUAGAGGCACGACCAACGUCGGGUAGUAUUUCGACGUGGAGCGUCCCAGACGUUGUCAUCGACCCGGUUCUGUGUUCGAACGAAGAGCAAAGUUCCGCUUCUGCUCCGCAAGCAUCACCAGCUCUUUCGUCCACUUCAACGUUGCGUGGACGUGAUCAUCCACCCCUUCCGUCGCUUAAGUCCAGCGGCCUUCUCGACGUGCUUCCGGACGAGCCUCUAGGGAGUCGUUCAUCGGGGUCGUCUACUCCUGUUAAACCGCCAACACAUUGGCCGCUAAGCGCCUCCGGCUCUCCUCGUCCACCACUGUUGUCACCUGGCCUACAUCCUUCCGGCGGGUCAGGUACAUCUGGGAGUACCCCGGUAUCUCCUCAGCUCCAUUCACCGAGCUUCCAAGUCUCGCACACCCAUCAAGGUCGAUUACAAGGUCCGGGGUUCUAUCAAUCUAGUAGUCCACAGCCAAGUCUAGAGAUCGUCGCACCUUUUUCACCAUACCAAGAAACGGAAACUGCGUCCUCACGGUCAAUCCCAGGUCUCCACGAAGCCUCAUAAUAAGAUUCAUAUAUCGACCAUGUUUCACUAAAAAGUUCUAUCAUCUUCGCCAGUCGGUUGUAUGUUCGCUUUGAAUGGCAAUGACGAACCGGCGGAGAGCUAUUGACAGAUUUCCAUAGCGUAAUGUUCCGAGUUCUCCUGAGUGCUUUGCUAAUUUUAUGGUAAAAUCAUCUCCGUUUAACGCAUUGUUUUCCCGUGCACCUAUUUUC